CGUCUUCCUCCCCUGGGCUGUUCCGGAUGAGACGCCUCCUCCCCCUCCGCCCCUCUGAUCCUCUUAUCAGCGAGUAAGCGGCCAAGAUGGAUGUUGUAAACCAGUUGGUGGCCCAAGGGCAGUUCACCAUAAUCAAACAACCUCUGGGAUUUAUUAAAAUUCUACAAUGGAUCUUUGCAAUCUUUGCCUUCUCGACAUGUGGCAGUUACUCCGGCAUGUUCAAGAUGAGCGUGGAGUGUAAAAACCGGUCAGAGAGCGACCUGGGCAUAGAAGUAGAAUUUGAAUAUCCGUUCAGGCUCCAUCAGGUUUACUUUGAUGCUCCCACCUGUAAGGCAGGGGAACCCGAACGUCUAUUCCUGGUCGGGGACUACUCCUCCUCAGCUGAGUUCUUUGUCACCAUCGCUGUCUUCUCCUUCCUCUACUCAAUGGCAGCCCUCUCUGCGUACUGUUUCGUACUGGAGAAGUACCGUGAGAACAACAAGGGGCCCCAGAUCGACUUCGUUGUGACAGCGGUAUUUGCCUUCUUUUGGCUGGUGUCCUCAUGUGCGUGGGCUAAAGGCCUGUCAGACGUGAAAACAGCCACUGAUCCGGAGAAAGUCAUUACUUACAUCUCAGCCUGUGAGGAGCCAGAGAAUCGCUGCCGUGAGGUCUACGACCCCAAAGUCUCCGGCCUCAACACCUCUGUGGCUUUUGGCUUCAUCAACCUGAUCCUGUGGAUAGGAAACCUGUGGUUUGUGUUCAAGGAGACCGGCUGGAUGGCUGCCUUCUCCGGAACAUACGUCCCAUCACAGGAAAAGCAGCCCGCCCCCGAUUCCUUUGGCCAGCAAGGCUACGGUCAGCAGGAUCCCUACGCCGGCUCCCAGGGAGGGUACCAGCCAGAGUACGGCCAGCAGGGAGGCUACACUGAGGACCAAGGUUACAGCCAGGGCUACGAGCAGCAGCAGCCCACCUCCUACUCUAAUCAAAUGUGAGCCUGUCCAGCCAAACCACAGCUGAAGGAUGGGUGACCUUGUGAUUUUGGAGGGUGGCUCUCGACCACCACCUGCAUUUCCACACUCCUCUGUUUGUCUGUUUGUGUAUCUGUGAGUUGACAGGCGGAGGGAGGGAGACCUGGAGGGCAGAAACUGGUGGGGCUUGGGAUGGGGAAGGACCAGCGGGGGAGCAGGAUGUGUUGGGGUGGGGGGGAGGGGUCUGUAGGGGGCGGGAACGGGUCUUUGCUGUAACAUGAUGUUUAUUCUCGUGAUGUAUUUAACUGUAGAAGACAACAGAGGAUUGUCUGUUUGGUUAUACGAGAAAAACUUGAAUACAAAUACCAAAACAUUCGUUGAUGAACAUUUAAGAGAAAUCUUGUAAUGGAAAAGACUUACAUUUAUGGAAAAAAAAAAAAACAUUGUAGUAAUAUUUAACUUGGGAGAAUGUAUUUGUCUGUGUUGUGUAAAUAUCAACAUGCUGAUAUAUAAGAUUAUAUGUACACAGUUGAAUAAUUGUGCACUCCAUAUAAGUUGUUAUACAACAAAAUGUUGAGCACAGACUUAUUCAAUUGCAUUUACUUUGGUUCUGUUUAGGAGCUCACAUAGUUUUAGCCUUUGCCCUACAAUUCCCUUAAAUUAUCCACACCACAGAAAUGUUUUUAUUUAUUCACCUCAGAGUCUUUUAACAUCGUUUUUUUAAUUUUAUCAUCGUGUUUUUUUUUUCAUUUGAUCAGCAUUACAGACAGGAUUUGAGAAACGGGGGUUGGGGGAAAUGCUAUGACGAAUAUUGAAAGAAGAAAAUUAUUCAUAUAUUAAAAAGUAAGCAGAGAAAAGAGUGAUGUUUAGUAACAACAGUGGAUAGUUGAUAGUGGUCAGUUGUUUAAACUUUAUGUUUUUAUAUAUAUUUUUCCAUCAGAUGUCAUUGUCAAGCAAGGACUGACUCUUGCGACACACAGAAUACUUUAGAUCCCGACAUAUAAAAUCAAAAAAUCUCAUAGGGUUAAGAAAAAUUAGUGAGCAUGGUAGCGUCUCAUAUUUGCCGUGCUGUUUUCAGAAACUGCUAUAGUGUGCUGUCAGUAUGAACAUUUUUUUUGUGAAGUCGGGGCCGUGAGCAACCGUUUUAGCGACGUGUGUUUGUUUUAUUCGUUUAUGUGACGGCAUCAAGCAAAAAUGUUGUCGAUGAAACCUCGUCCUGUUUUUGAUCGCCUUUUAUGUGGUCCAGAAAGUUGUAAGACAGAGUCAUAUAGUUUUUUAACUGGUGUUUCUAUCACAGUGUCAUACAUAUUCACAUUAACAUGAACUUUAGGGUAAAUGAGAAUAAAGUAUAUUACACUUUAAAGACCUUGGUUAACGCCAUAGAAAACACGUUACUACAAGGCCGUCUGAACAAUAUGUCUCCGUGUAUUCUUCUCCUGCAUCCUCCACUCCUUCUUUAUCUCUCUCUCCCUCUGAAGGCAAGCGAAUUUACUGCAUGCAUCCUUAUAUCCUAAAGCAUCCCUAAACGUAUUCGAGAGGCUGAGGCUCAAGGCUGCAGGAAAAGUUAGACUCCACACAGUAAUACCGUAGUACGUUUGAACCAUCGUAGUGGUUACUGCACAGCACAUACAGCAGCUCUGCUAUUAUUCUCCUUAAAGCACAAAGUGAGUGCUGCAAUAAUAAUGACUUCUUUCCAGAUUGAAAAAAAAAAAAAACAAAAAAACACACCUGUCCUACUGCCAAUCCUCCGUUUGGAUCUACAAGAUCGUGUUUGCCAAAUGGUAAGAGAGGUGCUUCGAUUGGUUUGGGAUUUUUUUUUGCUUCCACGGUCCUCAUCAGGAUGAAUCGUUGCACAUCUCUCAGUAUAUAUCAAUCCAUUGCACAGCCUUGGAUUCACUCAUUUUUUUUUAAAUCAGGGUUCUUUGAUUCAGGCGGUGUAGACGCACCUGGCUUUCUCUCUUCCUCCAGUCCUCCCCGUGAACCUCUGUUUCUUUCUCUCUUUCACUGUAGCUCUUAUAAAUAUGCUGAAAUGAAAUAUACUCUGUUGUUAGUGGUGAAUGAUGUCUUGUGGUACUCUCUACGCCUUUGGAUAGUGCUGUGUUUAUUGUGUAUGAUGUAUUCAUAUUAGUAUUUAUGAUAAUGAUAAGUCUGAGACAAAAAAAAAAUCCAAGACUCUCCAGAAUUCUGCUGUAUUCUUAUUAUAUGGGAUCCAUGUGAAACAAAAUGAAAUAAACUUGAAAUUAUUCUGUUGAAGGUUAAAA